AUGUAAUAAACUAAUAUACAUCCAUAAGUACUAUUAAGCAUUUCCUCAUAAAUAUUGACUAACAAAGUCAAUUUCCCUAAUAAAACUAUUCAUGCUGGUAUAUUACUGGGUUUUUACAAUUCCAAGAUUAAUAAGACUGAUAUCUUGGAUUCCUUUGAGAUUAGUUAUUCAGGUUAAGAUGAAUUAACUCAUUUGGAAAUUGAAUUUUUUAAGGAAAGAUAAUAAUUACGUUUAAAAGGAGAUAAAUGGAAUCUCUUUAAAAAAUUUGGAUAUUGUAGGUUUAAUUAAUAAUAGAUAUAAUAGGAUGGUAUAUUACAGAUAAUAAUCAAAAUAAUUAUUUAAAAUUACAUACAUAAUUAUAAAAUUUAGUCGAAGCAGAUAUAUGAGAAAAUUAAACAUCUUUCUUUAAAUAUUUAUUAUGCUUUGAUCCAUUUAGUACUUAAACAAAUUUAUUUGAACUUGAGAAUAAUAAAAUGUAAAUAUCCUAAAGUAAGAUUGAACCCCAAUCAGAAGAGAUGAUAGGAAUAACAUCAUUGUUUUCAUAACAGAAAUCAUAAUCUAAUAAAAAUUUUGAUUUAAGAGUUAAUUCAUAACUUUAAAUAAUUACUUUCUUAGAAGUAUUAUAAUAAUUAGAUGAUCCAUAAAUUAUAAAUGAUCCUUUAGCUUUAUAAAAGAUAAAUGAAGUGUUGAUUUCAUUUCCUUAGAUUCAUCAAUAAAAUAUUGAAUAGGAUUACUUUAAGCUAUUAAUAAUUAGUUACUAUUGUGCUAUUUUAAAGUUAGAUGUAUAAAGAAAUAAAUAAUAAAAUUGA